GUCGUUUCCAUAGCAAUGGACCACUCUGGCCUUCCGCUGUAUCCCAGCUUCUCUCCGCUGCGGUCCCAUGGAUGUCCCUGUCUCCCCAACUCUCAUCCACUCCUUUUCCCCCUCUCUCUUGCAGUCUGUACCGUGCGGUGCCAGAAGUUCCUCAUCUCCAAAGUGGGCGAAGACUGGAUCUUCCUCAUUCUGUUGGGUCUGCUGAUGGCCCUGGUCAGCUGGGCCAUGGACUUCGCCAUAGCAACUUGCCUGCAAGCCCAGAAGUGGAUGUACGGCGGGUUGGAUACCAAUGUUUUCUUGCAAUACAUGGCUUGGAUUACCUACCCCAUCGUGCUCAUCACUUUCUCGGCUGGAUUCACCCAGAUUUUAGCCCCUCAGGCAGUGGGCUCUGGCAUCCCAGAAAUGAAAACGAUCCUGCGUGGUGUGGUGCUGAAGGAAUACCUGACCCUCAAGACUUUUGUGGCCAAAGUCAUUGGACUGACCUGUGCAUUAGGCAGCGGGAUGCCUUUGGGAAAAGAGGGACCCUUCGUCCACAUAGCCAGCAUGUGUGCAGCCCUCCUCAGCAAGUUUCUUUCUGUCUUUGGAGGCAUUUAUGAGAAUGAAUCCCGUAAUAUUGAAAUGUUGGCGGCUGCUUGUGCAGUGGGUGUUGGGUGCUGCUUCGCUGCUCCCAUUGGUGGUGUCCUUUUCAGCAUCGAAGUCACUUCCACGUUCUUCGCUGUCCGCAACUAUUGGCGUGGUUUCUUCGCGGCCACCUUCAGCGCGUUCAUCUUCCGGGUCCUCGCGGUAUGGAACAAAGAUGAAGAAACCAUCACGGCUCUUUUCAAAACCCGCUUCCGGCUCGACUUCCCCUUUGAUCUGCAGGAGCUGCCGGCUUUUGCAGUGAUUGGGAUCGCCAGUGGCUUCGGAGGAGCUCUCUUUGUCUACUUCAAUCGCAAGAUUGUGCAAUUCAUGCGUAAACAAAAAACCAUCAACCGCUUCCUGAUGAAAAAGCGCCUGCUUUUUCCUGCUCUUGUCACCUUCCUCAUAGCAACGCUGACUUUCCCACCUGGUUUCGGGCAAUUCAUGGCAGGCCAGCUCACCCAGAAGGAAACCCUGGUUACCUUGUUUGAUAACCGCACAUGGGCCAAGCAGGGCUUGGCGGAAGAAUUUGAAUUUGGUGGCGUUUCGGAAGCCUGGAAACACCCUCGCUCCAACGUCUUUGUCACCUUGGUGGUUUUCAUCCUGAUGAAGUUCUGGAUGUCGGCUUUGGCGACCACCAUCCCUGUGCCUUGCGGGGCGUUCAUGCCCGUCUUUGUCAUUGGGGCAGCUUUUGGGAGGCUGAUGGGCGAGAGCAUGGCGGCUUGGUUCCCCGAUGGCAUUCACACUGACAGCAACAUCUACCGCAUUGUGCCAGGGGGUUACGCAGUGGUAGGUGCCGCUGCCCUGUCUGGGGCCGUCACCCACACGGUCUCCACUGCCGUCAUCGUCUUCGAGCUGACCGGCCAGAUCUCACACAUCCUGCCGGUUAUGAUUGCGGUGAUCCUGGCUAACGCCGUGGCCCAGAGUUUGCAGCCUUCGCUCUACGACAGCAUCAUCCGGAUCAAGAAACUGCCGUACCUGCCAGAGCUGGGUUGGGGACAUCAGGAGAAGUACAACGUACGUGUGGAGGACAUCAUGGUGCGUGAUGUGCGUUAUAUCACCCUGAACUGUAGGUACCGGGAUCUUCAGGAUGCGUUACACAGCACCAAGAUGAAGAGCCUAGCUCUGGUGGAAUCAGCCGAAUCCAUGAUCCUGCUAGGAUCCGUUGACCGCACUCAGAUUGGCUCCCUCCUCCACGACCAGCUGAGUUACGUUCGCCGCCGGCAGUUCAUGCAGGAGCAAACCCGGCUGGAGCACCGGGACGCCGAGAAGAGCCAGGAAAACAAAGAGCCACACCACCUGCCAGACACAGGAGUGCGCUUUCAGAUCGUGCCAGAGGAAUCCUCCUCCUCCUCCUCCCUCCCUCCACAGAGCGAACCCCGUAAACCCCUGAAGCCGGCUCUGAAACGGGUCCCCAGCACUUUAUCCGACAAUCAUUCAGCUGGGACAAGCGAGACGGCAGGGAUGACCUUGAAGAACCUUUUUUGCGCCAACGCCUCAACAGCAGAGUCCGUGGAGGAGGAGAAUCCGGGGGCAUCCGAAAAGCACAAGUCGAAACGCGUCCGUAUUUCGGUGGUGGUAAGUGUGGGCCAGCCGCCCCGUAUCCGUUCCUCUCCUUCCCAAAAUCACAGGAACUAAAAAUUAGAUCGGCGUAAACUGUGCUGAAGGUUAUAGGAUUUAUGAAACCUGACUCCCCAAUUCAAGACAAUUUGGCUUCUGUAAGAUUCACACAUGCCUAACUU